CCUGAUAACAGUCUUGAAAUAAAUAGCUAAACAAAACCCGACAACCAUCAGUGUGGUAAACUCUUCGAAAAUGGAGAUCCGAACAUUCGUCCUGUUAGUCCUCACAGUCAUCGUUUUCAACAAUGUACCCUGCAGCGGCAUCGACAGAGGUUACUACUGGAGGGACUACAAAUGGACCAUCCCCGCCGACGCCGUCCCCGCCGGCAAGGACUCCAACGGCCAGGAAACCUACAUCGGGCAGGCCUACAUGCACACCGACGGCCUCUUCGUGGUUCAAAUCUUCCCCAACGCCAAGGAAAUCUUCGCCUCGUCCUACGGCCUCAAGAAGGCCACCGCCGUCGUCAAAAUCCUGUGCUCGAAAAACAAACACAAGUUCUCGUGGCUGCAGACCAACUCCAAGUACUUCCACCAGAACGUCACCAGCGAGAACCCCGUCAUCGGGGGUUACAACCACCGCGAGCUGGUGUUCAAGGGGAUGAUGCACGUCGGCCGACUCAUCCACCACGUGGCCGUGAGAGUGGGCUCGAUCGACGGGUUUUUGGAGGUCGCUAAAAUGAAUUAUGUCCACGCCGGCUCGCUGCAAACGGCCGACGAUUUCGAGGUGCUUUUGUAUAAUCAUUAGGGGUGGUUUUUAUGAAUAAACGAA